GAGAGCAAUUCUUGGACCAUGAAAUGGACUCAGAUAGCAGGAAUUAACAACAGUGGAUAAUGAUUAAAGGUCAUAAACAGAAAAACAGCAAAACGUGAUAAGUGAGGUUAGCCUGAGGAGGAAAAGAUGAAGGGACAGCUCUUACUGUAUUUGAAUCUUCUCAUUUUGGGGAGCCUGACGACCCUUUUCUACUGGAAUACAUUCGACAACAACUGGCGUCAUUGCAGCAUAAAACUUCGACCUCAACUUAAUAACACCAACUCAUGUAAAGAAUGCAGGGAGAAAAAACACAUACCAGAACUUUGCUCUGCGUCCUGGAGAAAAGAGAAUCAAAAGUUACGAAAUGAACGUCAACAAAAGCCUAAAAAUGAAGAUGCUGCUGCUUCCUCUGAUUCGUGUAAAGACUGCAGGGAGAAAAUAAAUAAAUUGUUGGAGAAUUACACUCAAGUUUGGAAGAAAAAUGAAGACAAUCAUUUUGAAUUCAGGACUCGGUUGAGCCUGAAGUGCAACGGUUUUGAUAACGUCGUCAUAACGCAGACAAACACUCCAGUUGGAUCCAAACUUCCUUAUGAUGGGGAAAGAACGAGAUUCCUUGAAGUUAAAGCAGAGCAUUUUAAAACAUUUUUUCAAGGUCAUCCUUUCUCAAAUAAAACAAAGAAGACGUGUGCUGUUGUUGGAAACGGUGGGAUUCUGACAAACAGCAGCUGUGGAAAAACAAUCGAUUCAGCUCAGUUUGUUAUCAGGUGUAACUUGCCUCCUUUGUCAAACGGAUAUGAGGAAGAUGUUGGCAUGAAAACAGAUAUUGUGACUGCAAACCCAAGUAUAUUCCUACAAAAGUAUGGCUCUCUUUUAGAACACAGACGUAUGUUUGCAGAGAGUCUGUGCCAAUAUGGCAAAGCCAUGCUGCUGCUUCCUGCCUUCUCCUAUCGUAUUAACACAGCAUUGUCUCUACGGGCGUCCUACACCAUCGAUGACUUUAGGAUCCCCAUUCAGCCUGUCUUCAUCAACCCAAAGUACCUCCAAAGUCUUGCUCUUUUUUGGGGCUCUCUAGGAUUGAAGGCAAGACGUCUCACCACUGGCAUUAUGAUGACAAGCCUGGCGCUGGAGCUGUGUGACAACGUGGAUCUGUAUGGAUUCUGGCCUUUCGGUGUUCACCCACACAGCUUCCAAAACCUGACUCACCAUUAUUAUGAUGACGGAAAAGUGAAGAAAGGUUUCCACUCCAUGUCUGAUGAGUUCAAGUUGUUGUUGCAUUUGCACAACCAAGGUGUGCUGAAGCUGCACCUUGGGGAGUGUGGACCAGAUGAACAGUAGUUACAUUUGGCUGUUACGGCCCCUGGCCUCUUGAGGCUGUGCAGGUUUUCUUUGGGUAUGCAGGAUCAGCUGUGCGGACACAUCUUUCUGAUUGGCUGCAGGAGAGCAGCCACCCCAUUGGAUCAGCAAAGCCAAUCAGACAUUGAUGAGGCCCACCUGCAGCAUAUAAAAGACACCUCUAAUCAUUCCUCCAGUUGAAUGAGCUGUAAUCAUUCCUUAAAAGAGGUUGUGUAAAGCUGACCCCCACCUUCCGUGUUUGGUAACUGUUUUGGACAGUUUGAACAGUUUUGUUCUUGCUUAUUUUGCUAAGUGGUUUGAAUCUGCUUUAGAUAAAUCUCGAACAAGCUAGAGGCUUGUGUUUGGGAGGUUUUGGUGCUCCCUUUUGUCCUUUCUUUUGGGUUGUUUUGACUGACGUGUUUGAACAUCUUGUUCUUUAAUUUGCACUCAGUGAUUUCUGAAUUUGUUGGUCCUUUACUUUUGUUUAA